AUGAAGGCAGCACAUGCGCUGAGAAAGGCCAGCGGUUUGCAAGCAAAUAGUUUCAAUUUAUGUUGCCACAAAAAGUCUGCGAAAGUUCAAGUGCGAUUCAGCGCAACAGUGGGAUGUGUAAAGUACAAAAGUUUUGUUCCUGCGGUUGUGAAGAUCCGCCAGUUAGGUUUAGGACCAACAUCGAAAGAUUUCGAGGAGCCGACGCAGAUCACGGGGCCUCUGACAAAGGUGCACGCCACAGAGCUCGUGCUACGCCUGAACGACGAAGAAAGAAAAGCGUUAUACGAUGCCCUGCAGGAGUAUAAAUCUCAGAAGAUCAAAGAGGAAUUUGAAGACAUGUUAGCCGGUCAAAGAUGGAGAAGCAAGCUGGGCCGACCCAGCAAAGUGCCCACUCUGGGCGACGUCGAUCCUACUGGCACCUACUGCCCUGUUCCUGAUGACUGGCUCAAGAAGAAGUAUGCAUCAAAAGUGCCUAAACCAACAACCAGAGAGCUGUUACACUUAUUAUUGGUGAACUCAGUACCUUUUAUUGGCUUUGGCUUCUUGGACAAUUUCAUCAUGAUCAUUGCUGGUGAUAGGAUUGAGAACACUAUGUCAGCGUUCAUAACGAUCUCGACGAUGGCGGCGGCGGCGCUGGGCAACACGUUCAGCGACGUGAUCGGCAUCGGGUCCUCGUACUACGUGGAGCGCGCCGCUGCGCUGCUCGGCAUGAGCGCGCCCGCGCUGUCGCCCGUGCAGCUCGACAUGCCCGUCACUCGCCGCUUCGCUAACAUGGGCCGCGUGUUGGGUAUCACCUUAGGCUGCUUCCUAGGCAUGAUACCAUUGCUCUUCAAGGACGACGAGAAGAUACAAGAUAAAAAAGACUAAACAUGCACUGGCAUUAUAUUAACUUGGAAAACAUCUGUAUGAUCGCCACGGUAACAUAGCAGCUACACAUCUGCAAACGAGAGUUCAGAUGUUUUCCGACUUCUGCAUCACUAGGUAAUUAAGGCACAGAUGUCUUACAAACGUCGACAUACAUCACAAAUUCGCAUAGUAAUUUUUGGCAAGCUUUCGUCUAAGUUUAAGAUAGAACUGCAGCUAUUCAUAAACCCCAAUUUGUCGUUGUUUGCUGCAUUCGCUUCGACAAACCAAUACCUAAUUACGAAAGUAGAAUUCGAUAUACCACACAUAUUAUGAAGAAGGGGCACAUUCAAAACUGCUAUUUAUAGAUAUAAAUUCUAUACAAAUUUUAAGAAAGUCAUUUAGAGUCCUCAGAGCCCGCUAUAUGUAUCGAACAACAAAAUUUUCUAGGAGUACUAUGUGACAAAAAUUUGACAGCUCCUGUUGUUUCGCUUGGCCAACUAUUGUGUAAAUAUUGAGUUUAUUAUGUACUAUAGUAAUUAUUAUGAAACAUGAAAAAAUUAGUUAGACAAUAUCACUCAGUUUUAGGUUAAACAAUCAACUGUUUGACAAUUAACUGAUUUGGUUAAUUCCAAAAGUGCUUACUAGGGAAUAAUCGUUGCUAAUAGCGGGUACUCUGACCUUUAUAUUUCGAAACACGCAUUAAAUGCGACGAGCUAUUUUCCUAUAGUUAGUGUUAAGCGUAACG